CCAGAGUAUUUAUAAGACUGACACUCAAUCUCUUUUUUUUCACUCAUUCUCAGGUUGGUUGCUUUAGGGUGUUUUUAAUUUUAAAAUCUACUUUCGUUCCUUGAGAUGAUGAUAACAAGGGUUUAGUCCCAUCAGAAGAAGAUGAAUUAAGGAGGAGAAAUGUUGUUUUCAAGUAAAAAAAGGUUUUUGGGCAUAAAUGACAGCAUAUUCAAUGCUUUAUUCCUCGGCUUCACCUGCUGGAGUAAAUGCUAGAAUUGGCGUUGCAAUUUAAUUGUGGAAUUUGAGGGAUUCACGAUGCAUUGCUACAGAUUUUAUUUGAUUUGCAGCUUCCCCAAAAAAAAUCAGAGCUCAGGAGAAUCAACACGAUCACUGAAGAUGGAGAGUUCGAAGGUUGGAAUCGAGAAGUUUGAUGGAUCUGAUUUCGGUUUCUGGAAGAUGCAGAUUGAAGACUAUCUGUACCAGAAUGAUCUUCACGAACCCUUGACUGGGGUGAAGCCGGAUUCCAUGACAGAGGAGCAGUGGAAGCUCAAGGAUCGUCAGGCGUUAGGGAUGAUCCGGUUGACUUUGACGAAGAACGUGGCGUUCAACAUAUUGAAAGAGAACACUACUGCGGGUCUAAUGAAGGCCCUAUCAAAUAUGUACGAAAAACCAUCUGCGAUGAACAAG